AUGAUCAUUCCCCAGGGAAGGAGAACUGAGAGACACUGCAGUGAGAAAACCAGCAUGAUGGCUUCAGAAGGCUCAGCUCCAGCAAAUCCAAAGGAAUAUCCCAGCAGGGACAGGAGGGCUGCCUCUGGGAAGCACUAUCUCUGUGGAUACUGUGCUGCCUUUACCAACAUUGCCGUCACCUUCCCCAUCCAGAAGGUGCUGUUCCGCCAGCAGCUCUAUGGCCUGAAGACCAAGGAUGCAGUGCACCAGCUGCAGCAGGAUGGGAUCCGGAAUCUCUACCGGGGCAUCCUGCCUCCCCUGAUGCAGAAGACCACCACACUGGCCCUGAUGUUCGGCCUCUACGAGGAUUUCUCCUCCCUGCUCUACAGCCAUACGAGUGCCCCAGAGCUCCUCACGCGCAGCCUGGCCGCUGUGCUGGCUGGGACCACAGAAGCUGUUCUCACACCUUUUGAGCGAGUUCAGACUUUGCUUCAGGACUACAAACACCAUGACAAAUUUACAAACACUUACCAGGCAUUCAAGGUGCUGAAAGCCUAUGGGAUGAGAGAAUAUUACCGGGGAUUGGUGCCUAUUCUGCUCCGAAAUGGACCCAGUAAUGCCCUCUUCUUUGGGCUGCGGGGACCUAUCAAGCAGUGUCUGCCUGAAGCAACCUCCUACAGCACCCAUUUGAUCAACGACUUCAUCUGUGGAGGGCUGCUGGGUGCCAUGCUAGGUUUCUUGUUUUUCCCAGUGAACGUCGUAAAAACUCGCAUGCAAGCUCAAAUUGGUGGUGAAUUUCAGUCCUUCUCAAAAGUCUUUGCUAAGAUCUGGCUGGAACGUGAUAGGAAGCUGAUCCACCUUUUCAGAGGAGCCCAUCUGAAUUACCAUCGUUCCGUCCUGUCCUGGGGCAUCAUCAAUGCCACCUACGAGUUCUUGCUCAAGCUGCUGUGA